AUGUUCAACUUCAACUUCUUCAAGUCCGCCCCGGCCAACGAGCCCACCGCUGAAAGCUGGAAUCCCAACACCAUCACCAUGCAGCCCACCAGCCCUGCUCCCCCUUCAGCCAACCAAAACGUCGUCUCUGAACAGCCUACCAGCCAAGAACAAAUGCAGCUGCGCGGUGGUGGCGGUCUCUGCUGCGGAUUCUGCGCCGGUCUCGCUUGCUUCGAGUGCUGUGAGAUUUGCUGCUAG